AAAGGGAGUGCUACCCCUGAGGAACAUGGCCGCCAUGUCUUGCACGCAGCGGUGACGUUGCACAAGGAGCGAGGCAGCGGCAGAGCACGAGGAGGAACCUCGCGAGCAGCACGCAGCGAGCACGGUGUCUCCCCGUGUCUCCACAAUGACGUUUGUGCGCUGCUGGGAGGAGUUCACUCGCUCUGCCGAGAAACUCUGCAGUUCCAAUCCCAUGAAGGUGCGUGUGGUGGUGAAGUAUAGACAUUGUGCUGGACACCUGUCAAUCAAGGUGACAGACGACGUCGUGUGCCUGCAGUUCGAGACGGACCAGGCUCAGGAUGUGAAGAAAGUGGAAAAAUUCCACGGCCAGAUCAUGAGGUUGAUGGUGGCCAAAUGAGAAAGACACCAAGACACUCACACAGACACUCAUUCAGACACUUACACUCACUCAUGCACUCACUCACGCAGACACUCGCACACUCGUUCACACACUUACACUCACUUAGACACCCACUCACACAGACACUUAGACACCCACUCACA